UGUCUGUAUUUGACAAAAUAAAUAUUCAGUACAUAUCUAGUAUAAUUCAAAUUGAUCAUCUAAUACAAGAGUUAGAUAGAUUUAAAAGACAACCUUCUAAAAUUGAAGAGGAUAUUAAGAUUUUGCAAGAUAAGAUUUUGGAAAUUGGAGGUGAUAAACUUCGAGCUCAAAAGUCUAAAGUGGAUCAUGUUAAAGAACAACUUGUCUUAAUAAAUGAGCGAAUUAUCAAGUCUCAGGUGGCCAAAUCAAAGGCGGAAAAGGAUAGGAUUAAAAUCGAAAAUUCUCUAGCAAAAAGUGAAGGAGAAUUAGAAGAAUUAAAUAAUGACAUAGAAAAACUUACGGAAGAAAUUCAACAGAAAACCGAAGUUGCUCGUUCCAUUCGUAUUAAAGCCGAUGAAGCCAUAUCAAUAUUGGAAAGUAAAAAAGAAGAAUUAGAUGAGAUCAAGGAAAAACUUGAUGAAAAAACCGAAAUAAUUAAUCGGAUUCGAGCAAUUGAGUUAAAAAUCAAAACUCAACUCGAAGAUAGUGAGCGCCAUUUGUUAGAAAGUAAACAGAAAGAAACUCAUUGGCGAAAUUCUCUUAGCAAACUUACACUUCAUGAGAUUGGAGGUGAUGAGGAGCAAGAAUUUCAAAUUUACACUGAUGAUGAGCUUAAUGCAAUGAACAAAGAUACAUUACAAGGAGAGAUCGAUGAUCUUAAAGAGAAAAUACAAAAUGCCAAUCCAAAUUUAAGUGUUUUGGAAGAUUAUCGUAUUCGUGAGAAAGAGUAUUUGUCACGUGUUAGAGAUCUUGAAGAGAUUACUUCUAAGCGUGAUGAGUGUAAAAAGGAAUACGAUC